GGAGAGGUAAGAGUUGUAAACGAGGCGCGUGCUUGAAGAAAUAGCGGAGGGUUAAACGUGCAUCUUUUCAGCACCGACACCCGUGGAUAGCAGGAGAAUAGUUGCCUACCGGUAAAAUCAAGCCAGACAACCGUAGGGAGGCGAAAUCGCCGCUUUCAAUUCGUUCAUCGUCAUCUCGAUUUCCUAGGCUUUUCAGCCAAGGUGGCUGAAGUGUUUACAAGAAGGCGGUACGGCGUUUAGCGAAACCAGGAUUUAAAAUAUAUUGUACGAGCUUUGUUCGCCCUGUAACAGGGCUGCAAGUUAUUUGCACCUGCUGAGAGCUGUUAAUAGCUAGCUGGCCAUCUAGCUAGCUAUAAACCAGUGGCUCUCACGACUGCCUUCUAGUUUCAGAUUGACGAGUUUUAUUUUACUUGAGCGGGAUCCUGGAUCGGAUGGACGGGGAAUAACGGGCCGUAAUUUUAGGGAAAGCUACUGGGAUCGACUGUUUCAUCUGUGAACAACCGAUCUUUCUUGAUCGCAUACAUCAAGAGGGAGCAUUUGAAACAGGUCGGGUAGCCAGCUAACUAGUUAAUUUCAACUCCAUUGUUGUGCGUGUCCCGGUGUUAUUCCCGUCGUUCCCCGACCACGGAUCCCGCGCUCUCACAGCCUUCCCUCUGAGCCACCUCUCUUAGUCUCUCAGCUGUAUUUUCGGUCAUAUUUUCUGUCGGUACAAUUAAGUUUCAUACAAUAACCAUGUGCUCCCGGAUGUGGUUUGUAACCGACCGGCGUAUCAGCCAGGAGUACCCACAGGUUCAGAUUCUCCGGGCUUUAAAACAGCGAUGUGCCGAGGAGGAUGUUGAAUUCCGCUCUCUCCUCAUGGAUCAGAUUGUGCUUACCAUCAGCGAUGGGCAGCUGGGGCUGCGCGUGGAGCAGGAGGUGGUGACCUCCUACCCCCAGGUGGCUGUGGUGAGGGUCCCCACGCCCUGGGUGCAGUCGGACAGUGACAUCACCGUGCUGCGCCACCUGGAGAAGCUGGGCUGCCGGCUGGUGAACCGGCCCCAGGCCAUCCUCAACUGCGUCAACAAGUUCUGGACCUUCCAGGAGCUGGCCGGCCACGGGGUUCCCCUCCCCGACACCUUCUCCUACGGAGGACAUGAGAACUUCCGCAAGAUGAUUGACGAGGCGGAACCCCUAGGCUACCCUGUAGUGGUGAAGAACGCACGUGGUCACAGAGGUAAGGCCGUGUUCCUGGCCCGGGACAAGCAUCACCUCGCAGACCUCAGCCACCUGAUCCGGCACGACGCGCCCUACCUCUUCCAGGAGUACGUGAAGGAGUCCCACGGCAGGGACGUGCGGGUGGUGCUGGUGGGGGGGCGCGUCAUCGGCUCCAUGCUGCGCUGCUCCACCGACGGCCGUAUGCAGAGCAACUGCUCCCUGGGUGGUGUGGGGAUGAUGUGCCCCCUGAGUGAACAGGGCAAGCAGCUGGCAGUGCAGGUGUCCAACAUCCUGGGCAUGGACGUGUGUGGCAUCGACCUGCUGCAGCUCAACAACGGCUCGUUCGUGGUGUGCGAGGCCAACGCCAACGUGGGCUUCAUCGCCUUCGACCAGGCGUGCGGCAUGGACGUGGCGGGCAUCGUGGCCGACUACGCCCUCUCCCUGCUGCCCAGCCGCCUCACCCGCAAGAUGUCGUUGCUGUCGGUGGUGUCCAGCGCCAGCGAGACCAGCAGCGAGCCCGAGGUGUGCCCGCCGCCCAGCGCCUUGCCGGAGGCCGUCUGCACCAUGAGCGUGGGCUCCACGUCCAGCGAGAGCGACCCGGAGCUGGCCGAGUCCCGCGACGCCCCGCCCCCCGCCCUGCCCGACCCCGCCUACAACAUCAACACCCUUCUCGCCAAUGAAAUCAAACUAUUGACUGAGUGAGCUGGAAUGCAGCCAUGCGCACACACACAUACGCGCGCUUACACACACACACACACACUCAAAGAUGCUUGCACAAGCACUCAUAACUGAUACAAAUAAACAUACACAACUUCAAAAAUACAUAAAACACAUUAGCAUGAACAGACACACACACUCAGCAGAUACACGCACACACCUUCUCGUACUAACUUGCCUGUAAACACAUUGGAGGUCAGAGGCUGCUCCCCUGAGGGCUGAAGGGCCCGUGCAAAGCUGGCGGCGUAGCGCGGUGGCAGGACUUUGGCGCGUAGGCUAACAUAACUAGCUUCCUUUCCUUUUUUGAGACUGCAUGGGAGAAUGCGCAGGAGAGCCGACCACCAGCACUGAGCCUCUCGCCGCUGCAGCAGCUUAACGGCUUCUCGUCUCAAAGCUACUUGAAUUGGAAUGGCUAACCGCAUACUACGGUACCGCGAUGGGAAAAAACACCGUCGCGCUAAAUGGAUCUUAGACCCCCCUGGACACACCACCCCCCCCCCCUCCCCCCGCUGAUACACAAACUAACCAGGCUCCGCUUUAAGUGAAAUUAAGUGUUUUUGCGAAUGUUUGGCUACGUGAAGGAAAAACAUUUGGUGAACCCGCACAUCGAAGCUGACUGACCGGACGGCUGGCUGUCGUCUAGGUGGGUUUUGGGAACGGGACGGGGCGCGCGGUGCCUGCCGUCCUCUCCAGAGGCUGUGUUCCAGCUGAUACCCAGAGGCCGGGCCCACCUGUAGCAGAAUAUGCGCCCCCUCCCGCUUCGGAGACCCAAAAAAGGCCAGUCGUGCCAGAACAAAAAAGCAUUGAUCCGUUUCUCCUGUGCUGUAACAAUCCUUCCUUUCAGUUCCUCAGCCAUCAGACACCCUACCAACACGCCAUUCCCUUAUUUUAACAAAAGCACCUUAAGAAACAUUACGCGAGGAUUCACGUAAACCGAAAAAUGUUCUCUCGGAUAGAGAGCUGUACCCCAAGAUGGACUACAUAGUUAUACCGAGAUAUAUCAAGAGCAAUUGCUCCUUUUACUACAUCAACAUGCCUCAGAAUUACUUCACUGCCAUAUCAAAAAAAUAAAAGUCUGCUUAGCAUUUCAGCCAUACAUAUCAGACUGAUUCAAUUGUAAAUCUUUUUCAUUGAUUUUAUCUAUACCUCAGGCAUGUGAAGGGUUGAUAUACUUCCUCACAUGCAAAUGAAUUGACAGUGUUCCUGGUAGUGGUCAUCACUUUUUACCGUUUCCGAACCAUCGUUUAAAUCUCGCCAGCAUUUUUAUCCAUUUAUAAUUCUGACGCCAUCAGCAGCAACAUCUAGCCUUACACCACACAGAUUUUAAACUUUUCAAGUAUCAACUGAACGGGAUGCUAUGUUUUUAGUGAAGUUGGCCCAUUGUAGUUAUUAGCUUAAUUGUACAACUGACAGAUGAACUUAACAUAUUUUUUUUUUGCUCAUUAAAAAGCAAUGCAAAUGGAAAUAGGCUUUUGUUAAAUUUAAAUUGUUCAUUUACGCACAACUGUUCCGGUUCAAUUUCGCACCGAAAAUUUGCCCGGGGUUUGCGGCGACCCAAAAGCCCUCGCCGUGAACCCCGAGGGAAAGCGUUCCAGCCCUCAGACUUCCGUAACUCCCCAUCGCCUUCCGGGUCAGGAGUGCCAGACAGCAGGGGUGAGGUGCGCUAGUUAGCCUCGGCUCGCUAACGUUCAGCAGCCCCCCUCUACAUAGCACAGAUUACAGACGCCAGCAGAGUCUAUGGAACAAGCACAACCAGUUGCUCGUUUGUGUCACUUCAUGACCUCUCAAUUCUCCGUGGAUUAUAGCCUGCAGAGCCCGGUGUGCUUUCUCAUGUGCAGAGGACUUCCUGGUUAUGCAGUUGAGUUACUGAGUAAACUCAGGGAAGCAGCCUGGAUCUCAGCUCCGCCCCCCCCCCCUUCAGAGGCAUGUGACACAUAUCCAUCCUAGCUAGAGAUCUGCCUAAAAAUGUGUAUUGACAAGCAAACAUACAACAACAACAAAAAAGAAAAAAGAAGAAAAACAUUUUAAGCUAUGAAAAAGACGCGGUGUACCAUUAAGGUUAACUUGCACUUAUUUUUCCUUGCUUGUUUUAUAAUGUUCUUUAUUCUUUAAUUUAUCGUAUACUUUUUUCUCUUUUUUUUUUUAAAAGGAAAAAAAUGGUUUGUGUGCACUAAUCUGUCUCAAUAAAGAGACCGCUGUGAAGCUUGGUUACUGUGGGAAGAUUUACUAACAGUUCUGGAAUGGAGACAGCAGGUCCACUCAAGGGAAAUGGCCGCCCCUUUCAGAAAGCUAAUCAGCAGCCACACUCCUGUCUUGGAACGGCCGUGUAACAUUUACAGUUUACUGUGAUGUGUUCAAUUUGUUUUAGCUUAUGCGAGGUUUCAUCAGAAAGAAAAAAAAACUGUGAAUAACUGAUGACUGGGGAGGACAGAGCCGCAGCGACCCCUCCCCCCCCAUAGCCGUUUCCUCAUUGGCCCGGUCGCUUCUGCACAUGCCUUCUGUUGCGUUUGUCUCAGGCGCAGUCUGAACGAUUCCCCGUUCAGGCCGCCCGCUGUGUUCCUGUCAUUCACAGACGUUGUGUCCCCCCCCCCCGCCCCAUCACAAGCGCUCCUCCAGGAAUCCUUGUGGAGAUUAGCUUUACAGAAAUCUAAUUCCUGAAAUGCUACCUUUUCUUUCUUUGGCAGGUGCGCAACUCAUCUAAUGUUCUUGUUUGUCUAGAUUUAACCACCUUGAGAGGGGAUGGUUACCUCUAGAAUGAUUAGUAUUAUACAGUAUGUGUGAAGCAGCAAAAACAUGCAAUUGGUAAGUAAGGGUCAAAGUGCAACUAAUGCAGUGGAAAGAAAAUGUCCCAUCCAGUAUUGCACCAGUUUACAACUUAACCAAGGUCACAGGCAAAGUUUGAUGCAACAUAAAGGAAUGUGGUUUUUUCAUUUCUGAACUAUCGUGAAGGUAACCAUAACCAUUAGUUUCAAAAGCCUUACAAACCACAACCUCUGCACAGUCGUUGAAAAGGGAAAUUUUUUUUUAGAUGGAGCUGGAUGUGGGUGUAACAUCUUCAGCCAUUUCCCAUCUAAACCAUUUGAAGUGAUAAUCUCAUUCUGAAUGCCAAAAAAAACAAGCAUUUUUGUAUUAUUUAUUAACAAAACCUGUCAUGUUGUUUUUACACUUGAUCAGAACUGCUCUGACUAAUUAUAUAGCAGCUAUUGCUGUUGAAUGGGUCGGCCCAGGUAUCUACGAAUGUUUAGAUACUGCAUUUGAAAGUUCCGCUAGGCCAUUUCACAUGUGCUACUAUUAGCAUGAGGUACACUUUAGGGUAAAUAUUGAUAGAUGGAUAUCCAGAGAUGUAUUUAUACUUUAUUUUUUCCAUUCUGACUGUAUUUAAAGUGGUACUUUUCUUUAUAUGAAAAGGGAUGGAACGCCACUCCAGAAGAGAACGUGACAAUGCAUUCCACUUGCUUUCUGAACGUAAGCCUUUACACGGUUAACACCAACUCACGGAAGUUUAGAAAAACAAGUACAGCAAGUUCCAUUUUGAUUUUGCACAAGACCGGGCGUCUCCCACCGAAUGAAAGGGAAAGGAAAGGGGCUGUCCUGUUAGUCCUGGGGACUUGCUGUGUGGGCGACGCAUCCAAUUCACAGGUACUUGUUGUUCCACACUUUUGUGUAAAGGAAUCAGAUAUAAUUAAUUUCCCAUGUACUGUUAAGACCUCUGACAGUGUGAUGUACUGGAUUCCACCUCUGGUUUUAUUUUAUAAAUUACUGUGUGCUGAAUGAUGUAAAUACACCCCUCUUUUUUAGAGUAAAAUAAAAAUGAGUCAUUCCGAUGACAUCAAAAGGAG